AUGGAGUGGGAUCCUAGUCGCUUCUUUCGUGUAGGAGGGAGUCCGUCUCCGUACGCUCUUCUCGUCCUCAAUCAGCCUAUCAAUGAGAACGCAUUCGGAGUAUUAAGCCAAUAUGCAUCUUAUAUCAUCUGUGCCGAUGGAGGCGCCAAUCGACUAUAUGACAUGAUGAAACUGAACGGGAAAGAAUCUACCGAUCCCCCAAACGCCAUCAUCGGCGACCUGGAUUCUAUCCGACCAUCAGUGCGAGAACAUUACGAGAAACUCGGAGUAUCAGUCAUGGAAGACCCAGACCAAUACUCAACCGACUUCACCAAAUGUCUCAAAUAUCUCAACGCACACGCAGCAGAGAUCAUUGCCUCUCCCCGCCGAACAAACGGCCCAGCGACAGUCAAAGCAAACGGCAGCUCAAGCGAAGAUAAAGAUCCCUACCCACCGCCCCCCAUUCCAUUAAACGACUCACCCCUGGAGAUUGUAAUCCUGGGCGGUCUCGGCGGCCGCGUUGACCAGGCUUUCUCCCAAGUUCACCACCUAUACAUGAUGACCCAGACGCAACGCACGAUCCGCGAGAACGAGAGUAAAUCCAUAUCCACAGGCUCAAGUGCUAGGCCUGCGGCCGGUGGAAACCUUUAUCUUGUUUCGGAGGAAAGUAUUACAUUCAUUAUUCAGACUGGGAUGAAUUUAAUCCACACGCCUGCGACGAGAAGGGCGGAUAUCAUGGCUGAAUCGCCGAAGAAGCGGAAGCGCGGCGAAGAGCAUGAGCCGGAAUACUUCUUUGAGGAGAAUAUUGGGAUUAUUCCGCUUUCGGCGCCUGCUUCUAUUACGACUAAAGGCUUUGAGUGGGAUGUCGAGAAAUGGCAUACGGAGAUUGGCGGACAGAUAUCCACGAGCAACCAUAUUCGCGCGGAUAAAGUGGAAAUCGAGACGUCGGUUCCAGUGUUAUUUACUGUGGAGUUGGCGAUGAGGCUGAAGCGAUCAUCAUGA